AUGGCGGCCAAGGACAGACUGUCUCGUAUAAAACAAGCCAACGUCGCCACCCUCACCCGACAUGCCAAAUCCAUUUGUCACCCUGAUGCCAUCAGCAGUGAACUGGACCAUCUCAAGGAAACCUUCACUUCCCUCAACAGUUAUCCUGCCUACCUAGUCUCCAAAACCAUCCGCAAGACCCUCAAAAACUCCUACCCCAGGCCCAAACCAGCUCCAUCACCCAUCAGAAUCACCAUACCCUAUCAUGGCCCUGUCACUCCUCAGAUUGCCCGCCUCAUUAAGAAUAAAGCCAACAUAGAUGUCACAUUCUCUAGCGGCAAGUCUAUCAAGACCCAUCUACAAGCCAAUGGUAGAGGCACAAGCUGCACAAGUCCCAACCCCCGAGGAGGUAUAAACCAGAUCCCCUGCAACUGUGGCCACCAGUACAUUGGAGAAACCCUUAGACCCCUCAACACAAUACUCAAAGAACAUCGGACCUCUGUUAACAAACUCGACCAGAAAUCCGCUAUUUCCGAACACAUCCUGAAGAACGAAAACCAUAACAUCAUAUGA